AGACAGAGAGAGAGAGAGAGAGGGGUGCGUAGCUUAACACUUCACGCAUUAUGGACCGCCGGUCCCUGUUCUCGUUUGCUUUCAUCUGCAUUGUCGUAGCCGGAGUCGGAGGCCAGUCUCCCUCUUCCUCUCCUGCUCCUCCUACUCCCACCACUCCCACUGCUCCCACUGCUUCUCCUCCGACCUCCACUCCAGCUCCACCCACCGCCAAAACUCCCCAAGCCGCUCCUCCCACGGUUCAGCAAUCUCCUCCCCCGGUAAGCUCUCCGCCACCUGCAUCCCCUCCUCCGGCCACUCCACCCCCGGCAUCCCCUCCGCCCGCUACCCCUCCUCCUGCUUCUCCUCCCCCCGCUACCCCUCCCCCGGCUUCUCCUCCACCCGCUACCCCUCCCCCGGCUUCUCCUCCGCCAGCUACACCUCCUCCCGCUUCUCCUCCACCCGCCACCCUCCUCCGGCCACUCCUCCCCCUGCCACUCCCCCACCGGCCACUCCUCCUCCGGCCACACCACCACCAGCUGUCCCACCUCCCGCCAUGACCCCAUCGCCUGUUUCAUCUCCUCCGGCGACCUCUCCGGCCCCGUCCCCGUCGAAGCUGAAGGGCAAAGCUAAGGCUCCUGCAUUGGCACCCACCACUCCGUUACCUCCAGCGGAGGCACCUGGUCCUAGCCUCCCCACCAUCUCUCCCACUGGCGCUGGCAGCGACGACGUGAGUGGAGCAGAGAAGUUGUGGUGCGUGCACAACAUGAUUGUGAGCCUGGUGUUUGGAUGUGGCCUUGUGUCGUUGAUGUUCUAGAGGAUUCUAUUCUUUGGGGGGUCUUCACCUUUUCCUAUUUUUGCAUUGUACUGUUGUGUAUUAUUAUAUAUGUGGACCCAUUAGUACAAAAUUAUUGACUCUGCAUUCUUUUUGGAGGAUCUUGAGGUUCAGGGCACGUCUUUCUUUGUAUCUCAGCGGAUUUUGUUAUUCUAUAUCUAUGCUAUUUUUCUCUUAGUUUAUCUUUCUCUUAUUGGCCUAGUUGCAGUAUAGUGAAUUUCCAU